AUGGGCAACAAGCAGACUGUGUUCACUCAUGAGCAGCUGGAGGAAUACCAGGACUGUACUUUCUUCACGAGGAAGGAGAUCAUGAGGCUCUUCUAUCGAUACCAGGACCUGGCCCCCCAGUUGGUGCCCCUGGACUACACCACCUGUCCUGAGGUGAAAGUUCCCUAUGAGCUGAUCAGCAGCAUGCCAGAGCUGAAGGAUAACCCUUUUCGCCAGAGGAUUGCACAGGUCUUCUCUCAAGAUGGGGAUGGUCACAUGACCUUAGAGAACUUCCUGGAUAUGUUCUCAGUGAUGAGUGAGAUGGCUCCACGGGACCUGAAGGCCUACUAUGCCUUUAAGAUUUAUGACUUCAACAAUGAUGACUACAUCUGUGCCUGGGACCUGGAGCAGACGGUGACCAGACUGACCCGAGGGGAGCUGAGUGCCGAGGAGGUGACCCUGGUCUGUGAGAAGGUACUGGACGAAGCAGACAGCGACCACGAUGGGCGGCUAUCCCUGGAGGACUUCCAAAACAUGAUCCUGCGGGCACCAGACUUCCUCAGCACCUUCCACAUCCGAAUCUGA